AUGUCAACGACAGUCAGUACCCGAGGAUCAGUCUUGGCAUCCAGGAGUAGCAGCGUCGUCGCAACCAAGAUCUUCAUCGACUUAGUACCUGAGUACUACCAACUGCAGUCAUGUGCAGUACCACCAGUCUCCGCUAUCGUUCGUGCGAUGGCGUCGGGAUGUGGUGAUGGAUCUCAGAUGACUUCAUACGUGUGCUUUUGCUAUGACAGCUCUACACAUUACAACAGCCUUAUUGGUGCCGAUGUUUCGACUGCCUGUAAUGAUCAGGCACAGGCUACUUCUGCCCAGGAUGUAUUCUCCAAGUACUGCCAAAUGGGUUUAACUCGAGGAAUCACACCGGUCGCUGCAACUGCUUCGACCACGGGUGUGGCUCCCGCAAAAACAUUGAUUUCGCCAUUGAGCUCGGCGGUGUCCAGCAUGACACAGAACAGUUCAUCGGUGACGUCGAGUUCGUCCGCGAACUCGGUCGCUUCAGCUGCCACAACACCUUCAUCUACGCCCACUCCCAAGAGUUCGAGUGAUCGAACGACUACAAUCGCAGUUGCGGUGGUCGUCCCCGUUGUAGUCAUCGCUCUCAUCCUUGGUCUAUUCUUGGCCUACCGCCGUCGACAACCAAACCCAGAAACUUCGGAGAUGGGAGAGGGCAAGAUAGAAGAGAUGCCUGGUGAUUUACCAACUGAGGAGUACGAAAAGAGUACUGCGGAGCUGGCAACGGUAACCCACACUACCUAUGCGGAGCUGCCAGGAGAUCGAAGGAGUUUGGUGGAGUUGCCGAUAUCCAAGGACGGCACAAAUGUUUUCCAGUCAAGUGCGCGAGGCACCCAGAUGGUUCUUGGUCAUACUUCGUAG